AUGAACAGAGCAGUAAUCCAUUACAGAGAUGAUGAGACAAUGUAUGUUGAGUCUAAGAAAGAUCGGGUCACCGUUGUCUUUAGCACAGUAUUUAAGGAUGAUGAUGAUGUGGUGAUUGGAAAGGUGUUCAUGGAGGAAUUCAAAGAAGGACGUAGGGCCAGCCAUACAGCUCUGCAAGUCCUCUUUAGCCACAGGGAACCUCCCUUAGAGCUGAAAGACACAGAUGCCACUGUGGGUGAUAAUAUUGGCUAUAUCACUUUUGUGCUAUUCCCCUGCCAUACCAAUGCUAAUGCCAGAGACAACACCAUUAACUUGAUUCACACAUUCCUGGAUUACUUGCACUAUCACAUCAAAUGCUCUAAGGCCUAUAUUCACACACGAAUGAGGACAAAAACAUCCGACUUCCUCAAGGUGCUGAAUCGAGCACGCCCAGAUGCAGAAAAAAAGGAAAUGAAAACAAUCACGGGGAAGACAUUCUCAUCCCGUUAAACUCAUGGGAACACGAGUAAGAGGCUGAUGACAGAAGGCUGGAGCACUCGCUACUGGAUAAUCGUAGCUUUUAAUGUUGCACUCCAGAUUCUAAAGGAAUUCUCCCAUUUUGGUUCUAUUUUGUACACGUUUGGAAAAUAAUCUGCAGAAUCGAGCUGUGCUUGCAAGGACUUCAGAGUUCCCAAGAAUUUUUAAAAAAGGAAUUCCACUUUGAUCAAUUUAAUUCCUUUUCUUUAUCUCUCCCUCACCACAACCCUCCUUUUUUCACCCUCUUUCCAAGCUGUUUUGCUUUGCAAUACGUUACUGGUAAUGAGUUGCAGGAAAUACAAUAUUAACUUGUUUUUCUCCUCUAAGUAUUUGAGUUUAAAACUCCUGUAUCUAAAAAUACGGUUGG